AUGGUUGCUCAAUUCUCCCUGGCAGAGACGCCAAUCGGCAAGUAUUUUGCCUCCAUGGCCGAGCUUGGUAUAAUGCGUGUCUUUGUCGAGCACGGUAUCUUCGACGCCAUCCCGGAGGAAGGAAUAUCGCUCGAGGAUCUUACAACACAGCUGGGCGUUGAGUACAACCUCAUUGAGCGCUUCACGGCCUUCCUCGUCGCAAUCGAUGUACUAAGAUCUCCGACACCCGGCCAUGUGGCACAUACACCUACAUCAGAGGCCUUCACGGACGCCCGUGUUGGGCAAUUCUACAUGUACCUCUUCGACUUCUUCAUGGGACCGACGACACAGUGGCCGGGCUAUUUCGCAGCGAACGGGCUCGCUGAGCCGCCUAGGUCAAAUCGCUCGCCGGGUGGGUUUGCGAUGGGCAUGCCUGAUAAGACAGCGUACGAGAUCAUGGCGGCGAUCCCGGGGUUAGCAACUAAGAUGAAUGGCGCCAUGGCUAUCGAUGGCGAUAUUCCUAUUACAGGAGUAUAUGAUUUUAGCUGGGUGAGCGCUUAUGCCGCGGGAAAUGCUGAUAGGGAGCUCAUUGUUGAUGUGGCUGGAGGGAAGGGCCAAGCAUUGAAGGAGAUUCUGGAGGAGUCGCCGGCGAUUCCUGCAGAUAGGUGUGUUUUACAGGAUCAACCGCAUGUUAUUGCUGAGGCGGUAGAAGAGCAUAAAGGCUCUACUGUUUUGGGCUCAGUAAAAAAGAUUGGACACAGCAUCUUUGGAGAACAACCGGUUAAAGGCGCUCUUGUGUACUAUAUACGGCGGGUCUUGAACGACUGGUCCGACUUCGAAGCCCUUCAGAUACUGAAGAACAUACGCGCAGCCUGUGCGAACGACUCGCGCAUACUCAUUGCAGAAUAUUUGCGUCCCAAAGAUCCGAGUGUCUACACCAGCACUGUCGACAUGUUCAUUUUGAAUAUUGGCGGCAAGGUGCGUAGCGAGAAAGCGUUUCACGAGCUUGCUGCGCAGGCUGGGCUGAAGAUUGUGUCAGUGGCGAAGCACGAAAAGACGGAGUCAGCUGUAGUUGAAAUGGUUCCAAUUUAG